ACCAUCGAUGAAGCUGUUAUAAAGUCGCAAGUACAAUAAAUUUUUCGAUCGUUUUUAUAUGUGUAUAUGGAGAGGCACACUGAUAUUUUCGUAUACUUUAAAGUUGGUUUGGAUUAAAGUUUCGAGUAUAUACGCGAAAAAAAAAACUGAGGAAAGUAAACUGCAGCGGAUAUUUUACUUUUCAUUUCGCGAUCGAUAUUUUAAGCCGUCGCACGUCUAAUUAAUAAAUGUGCGAGAGCGUUCGGUUUAGUGUAUUCAAAGCUUCUGUCGUAUGGAUUUUUUGUUUCUUAGUUUCCAUUAAGGAUUUUCGGGUGCGUGUGAGUGUGGGUGACGAAUGCGGAUCAUUUUUUUUAUUAAAUUGAAGAAAAAGGAGAAAAAAAGGAAGAAAUAAGUUUGGGCUCCCUUCGAUAUUGAUCGUGCUGUGCUUAAUUUUGAAUUGAUAAAUCGGUGUAAUGUGAACUGUUGGUCUUGAUUUUCAAAAUAUAAAAUACAGAGUGUCGUCGAAAAUGACUGUGAUGUUUCAUUGUUUAGUUUAUGUUACUUAAGAUCAUUUUUUCUCUUGUACGAAAGUUAUAAUGACGUUCAGAUACCGAAAAACGAUAAUUAACUGAAACAAUGGAUUAAUGGCUGAUGAACGGAUAUUAAUGUAACAUUUAAACGCUUCGUUUCGAUUUUACAAAUUAAGUAAUGGGGUUGACGAAACACUAUCUCAAAUAUGGACAAAGUGCACGAGAUAAAUUAUUUGGCCUAUCCAGAGAUUCAAAAUCAAGUGGUCCAACGCCACUGUCGAUGCUUAUAUCUCAAGGAGCCAAAUUUAAUAGUAAUAGAGUUGCUGUGAUAAUUUUAGGAAUAAUUACACUCAUAGCAGGAGUUUUAUUAUCUUCCAUCCCAUGGCUAGAUUAUUUUAUUUUAAAGAAUUUAAGACUGUGGAAUAACACAUUGAGUUUUCAUUACUGGCAGAAACCAGGUGUGAUACGCUUAACGAAAGUUUAUAUAUUUAACGUAACGAAUCCAGACGGAUUUCUAUUGGGCGAGAAGCCUAAAUUGGUUGAAGUCGGCCCAUUUGUUUAUAGGGAGGACAUGGAAAAGGUUAACAUACAGUUCCAUGACAAUUACACAGUCACUUUUCAACAUAAGAAAAUUCUUCAAUUUGUUCCUGAAUUGAGUGUGGAUAAGAAUUUAAAAUUAACAACGCCCAACAUUCCGUUAUUGACAUUAACCAGUCAUUCGAAUUCCCUUGGCUUUGUAAUAUCGCGAAGCAUAUCAUUAAUUUUAUCGAUGUCGUCAUACAAGCCGUUCAAAUCGCUGACCGUAGACGAACUGCUAUUCGGCUAUGAUGAUACGUUAGUGAAUUUAGCGCAUAAAUUCUAUCCUAGAGAAAAGCGUCCAAUGUCUAAAAUGGGUCUACUCAUUGGACGCAAUGGAACAUUGACCGAAUACUCAUCAAUUAACACAGGACAUGGUGGAAUGGAUAAAUUUGGCUACAUAGAUCGACUUAAUGGAAUGGACACGUUGCCGUACUGGAAAGAUCCUCCUUGCAAUAACAUCGCAGCAUCGGAAGGAUCAUUUUUCCCACCGAGAGCGUACACAAAUUCAAACAUAGUUUAUGUGUAUGACAAAGAUUUGUGCCGUAUAAUGCCGUUGGAGUAUGUUAAGUCGAUUGUUAAAGAUGGAAUCGAUGCCGAUUUGUACGAGCUUCCUGAGAACACGUACGGUGACUCGCAGAACAACGAAAACAAUUCUUGUUACGAUACGCACGACUAUAGAGCCGUUAAAGGACUACAGAAUAUCAGUCCAUGCCAAUACGGUGCCCCUGUGUAUCUAUCAAAUCCACAUUUUUAUCAGGCUGAUCCUAGUCUCAUAGCAGAAGUUGAAGGACUGAAACCGAACCGGUCCUUACAUCAAACCUAUUUCAAAAUUCAACCGGCAAUAGGUGUGCCAAUUGAAGGAAAAGUUAGAAUUCAACUGAAUCUGAAAGUUGAACAGGCAAAACACAUUGGCUCAGUAAAGAAUUUUCGUGAUAUAGUUUUUCCUAUAGUGUGGGUGGAAGAGGGCGUUAGCGAUCUACCGCCAGACAUUCGCCGUUGGUUGUAUCUCGGCACUGUAUUUGCACCGAACGCUGCGCCAAUAAUGGCAUACGGAUUCAUCGUGACCGGUGCCUUUAUGUUAAUCUUUGUAUUUGUGCGUGCGUACAAAAAUUUCGUAUUCACCACGGAUCCAACGAUUGAAAUUUUGGAAAUGGGUCGUCGAUCGAUACGACGUGGUAGCAGUUUCCUGGUGCAACAUCAACAGCGGCUGCUGAUGCAACGCGACAGCUAUGUGCUGUUAAAGACGACCAACAAUAAUAACGAAGGAGAUUCGCCAUCUUAAAAUAGGUUGAACGAUUUUUCGGGAUCUGAAUUUUUUACGGUGAUAAGUAUUUGAAAUAGAACUGCAACGCAUGUGACCAUGUGAACAAAAAAAUCACAGAGCAAAAACUUGCAUGCGUUGCACGUUCUUUCGGAUACUUUUUCUGUAACAAAUAUUUUAAACUAAUUAGCGCUAUCAGAAUCACUCGAUGACAAUAUUCACAUAUGGGAAUGAUUCAAAAAUCAAAUUUAAACAAAAACAAAAUGAAGUUGAAAAGCUCUCACAACAAGUCGUUGAAACGAAGUAAUUUCGGUAUAUUUUUAAGGCUCACUGACCCAGUACGAAACAUGACAGGUGUCAACGACAAAUUUGGAAAAUGACAUACUUCAUAUAACUCAUAUUUAUUCAGUGAAAAUGCAUGCACUGACUUAAAUCUAGUUCCUGAAAGAUCACGUUAAGACAGCUAUCUGUAGCUACACAUGGCGACGCGAAAGGGACCUAAUUCAAAAAUUUUCUUUUGUUAUCUUGUCAAACUUGACAGAUGAACAGAAGAAAAUUUAAAAUUAGGUGCCUUUGGCGUUGCUAUGUGUAGCCAGACUACGGAAGGCAGAAAUUUGAACGGUUCAGCGGAUAAAUCCAUUAUAAAUUUUCAGGACAUAGAAAAUUCUCUUCUAAGUUCGUGGAGGCGCCACUAGAAAAUUGCUAUUGCCUUCGUGUGAUCAACUCAGAGGUGUCUUAAUAUGUUCUUGAUGAACCUAGACCUAAAGAUCAUCUUAACUUAACAUUAUGCUCAACUAGAAUUUAGUUUGAAGAACAAGAAAAAGAAGAAAAUUUUGAAGAAACAAAAAAAAAUCGUAAUUCCAUCUCUCCAAUUUAGUGUUGUUUGUUUAAGUAAUUAUGUCGAAUGGAUGUUAAUUUAUUGUGAUUUACUCCGUCCACAAAGAGAAAACCUAAAAAAUAAAUUUCAUCUUAAUUUAAGGGUGAACAUUCAAAUUUAAAACAAAACAAAAAAAAAAAUGAAAAAGAAAAACGGAAGAAAUUCUGUAUUUUUGUACGUUGCGUAGGUUAAGCGUUUCUCUAUUAAAAGUCCAUGUUUUAUCAAAGGAAAUAUUUUCAUGAAUAAAUUUUUCCAUUGA